AUGCGCACAGCCUGCAUGCUGGUUGAGGUCCCGCCCCGCUUCCCCGCCAGCGACUGGCGCCACAAGGCGCGCCCCAUCCCCGCAGGCAGCAGCUACCCAGCCAAGGAGCACUGCAGCCACUGCGGCCUCUGCGACACUUACUACAUAGCACACGUGAAGGAGGCUUGUGCCUUCCUUGGCGAUGGCAUGAGCAAGAUUGGGCAGCUGGAGGAGCAGGCGCAUGGGCGGCGGCGGGACCAGGGCAGCGAGGAUGAGCUGCGGUUUGGCGUCACGCAGCAGGUACUGUAUGCGCGCAACGCGCCGGCGGUGGAGGGGGCGCAGUGGACGGGCAUCGUGACGCAGAUUGCCAUUGAGAUGCUGGAGUCGGGCCAGGUGGAUGCUGUGGUGUGCGUGCAGAGCCAGGAGGACGAUCGCUUCUCGCCCAAGCCGAUGGUGGCCCGCAGCCGGGAGGACAUACUUGCGGCGCGGGGCGUCAAGCCCACGCUGUCCCCCAACCUCAGCGUGCUCGCCACGGUGGAGGCGCUGGAUGUGAAGCGCCUCCUGUUCAUCGGCGUGGGCUGCCAGGUGCAAGCGCUGCGGUCGAUAGAGCCGCACCUGCAGCUGGAGAAGCUCUAUGUGCUGGGCACAAACUGCGUGGACAACGGGCCGCGCCAGGGGCUGGAGAAGUUUCUGAACGCCGCCAGCAGCGAUCCCGACACCGUGCUUCAUUACGAGUUCAUGCAGGCACGGGAGAGGCAGGCAGCGGCGGCGGACUACAAGGUGCACAUCAAGCACACCGACGGCUCCUUUGAGUACAUCCCCUACUUCUGCCUGCCAGCCAACGAGCUGAACGACGUCAUCGCGCCCUCCUGCUACUCCUGCUUCGACUACCCCAACGCCACAGCCGACCUGGUGAUUGGCUACAUGGGGGUGCCCUACCAGAACACAGACAUGACCUCACACCUGCAGUACCUUACGGUACGCAACCCGCGGGGCCAGGAGCUGCUGGACUCGGUGCGGCACCGGCUGGUGGUGGAACCGCCGGUCUCCAGCGGCAGCCGCGGCGCCUUUGUGCUGCAGACGGUGCUGGCAGACGACCAGGCCAAGCUGGGCAAGGGCCCCGACCCGGCGCCGCGCUGGGUGGGCAACCUGCUGGCCUGGGUGCUGGAGCGGGUGGGCCCCAAGGGGCUGGAGUUUGCCAAGUACUCGGUUGACUAUCACUACAUCAGGAACUACAUCCACGUGAUGCGGCACUGGGGCCCCAAACGCGCGGCGCAGCACAUCCCGGACUUUGCGCAGCGCAUCGUGGCGGAGUACAACCCAAAGGGCAUGGUGAGCGAGCGGGCGGCGCUCAAGGGGCCGAUGCCGGGCGGCGGCAAGCGCUGA